UCUCAGGCUGAAACGACCAGUUGUUCUUAGCCUUCCCCUCUGACCCGCUACCCCGGGCAUUGUUUUCUGUUCUCCAGGAUUGUAGGUGGCAGGCAAAAAACGCCUGGAUUCUGGCUGCUCUCCAGGCCGGUGACCUUCGGCUCUGGGGCCACUGGGCAGCCGCGCCUUUGGACGGGAGGAGAGGAAGGAGAGGACGCCUGGUUCGUUUGGCUGUUCGUCUCCUUCUGUGGCUUUGCCAUGGGCUCACGGAGCUCUCACGUCGCGCUCAUUCCUGAUGUGGACCAAAUUCGCAGAGAGACGGGCUUCUCCCAAGCUAGCCUGCUCCGUCUCUACCACAGGUUCCAAGCCCUAGACAGGGAGGAAAAGGGCUUCCUGAGCCGCCUAGACCUCCAGCAGAUUGGAGCGCUGGCUGUGAACCCCCUGGGUGACCGCAUUAUAGACAGCUUCUUCCCCAAUGGGAGUCAGAGAGUGUAUUUCGCAGGCUUUGCCAGAGUCCUGGCUUAUUUUCGACCUAUAGAUGAAGACGAUGCCACACUCCGAGACCCCAAGCAACCUGAACCCCUAAACAGCAGAAUGAAUAAACUGCGCUUUGCAUUUCAGCUCUAUGAUCUGGAUCGGGAUGGGAAGAUCUCCAGGAAUGAAAUGCUACAGGUUCUCCGCCUCAUGGUUGGGGUCCAGGUGACAGAUGAGCAGUUGGAGAGCAUCACAGACCGAACGGUGCAGGAAGCCGAUGAAGAUGGGGAUGGGGCCGUGUCCUUCCUGGAGUUCGCCAAGUCCUUAGAGAAAAUGAACAUCGAGCAGAAGAUGAGCAUCCGGAUCCUGAAGUGACCCCUGUGUCUUUGACUCAUGCAAACAUUUAUGGACUCGGGAUUUAUCCUCAGGCCUCUGGAAGCAGGAGCCCACAAGCCAUAUUCUACUCUGAAACUUUGUUUAAGGUUAGGAAAGGGAAUUGGAGGAGCGUGUGCUGAAGUCUCAUUUGCUCUCAGAUUUGUGAAUCAGCCAGUGAUUUGGUUGCAAGUGGCUGAAAGGCCAACCCAAAGUGACAAGAUAAAAAA